CGUUAUUUUUAACCUAUAGGCCGGGACGCCACGCGAGGAUUCUAAAUCCACACAGUCCGGCGAACGGGCGCAAUAGAAAAUCGAAUCUAGUUCGAUUUUCAUCGAUUACGACUGGAAAGGCCACUUAUAAAAUAUUGGUGUUUCAAAUAUCGAACCCUCGAGUUUUGUGUCAGUGAAUAUGUGUGAGAUGUGUGUGCAGCGAUAACCUUUUUGGAAUUUUGGAUUUCUCUGCGUUUCCGAACGCUAAGAUAUGCAUAUCAAGAGGAAUGCUGUGAAAAUAAGACAAGCUUGAUAGUUAUAAAAAUACAAAAUGGCGGAAGCGGAAGGGGGCGCGAGCGAGCAGGAUGAUGUUUCAUUCCUUCGCACGGAAGACAUGGUGUGCCUGUCCUGCACGGCCACGGGAGAACGAGUGUGUCUCGCGGCGGAGGGCUUCGGCAACCGACACUGCUUCCUCGAGAACAUACAGGACAAGAACAUACCGCCGGAUCUGAGCCAGUGCGUGUUUGUUAUUGAACAGGCUCUGUCAGUGCGAGCGUUGCAAGAAUUGGUGACUGCUGCAGGUUCCGAAACUGGGAAAGAAAAUUUAGGUAAAGGCACCGGUUCCGGACAUAGGACGUUGCUUUACGGCAAUGCCAUCCUACUUCGGCAUCUCAACAGUGACAUGUACCUAGCCUGUCUCUCCACAUCAUCGUCCCAGGACAAGCUGGCCUUCGAUGUGGGUCUUCAGGAGCACUCUCAGGGAGAGGCGUGCUGGUGGACCCUGCACCCGGCCAGUAAGCAGAGAUCUGAGGGUGAGAAGGUGCGUGUCGGAGACGACCUGAUCCUCGUGUCUGUCGCUACUGAGCGGUACUUGCACACAACAAAAGAGAACGAAGUCUCCAUCGUGAACGCAUCGUUCCACGUGACACACUGGUCCGUGCAGCCGUACGGGACCGGCAUAUCCCGGAUGAAGUACGUCGGAUACGUGUUCGGGGGCGACGUGUUGCGUUUCUUCCACGGAGGCGACGAAUGUCUCACUAUACCGAGCAGUUGGUCCAACGAGGGACAACACAACAUCGUGGUCUACGAAGGAGGUUCAGUGAUGUCUCAAGCUCGAUCUCUAUGGAGGUUGGAACUAGCUAGGACGAAGUGGGCUGGGGGGUUCAUCAACUGGUACCACCCAAUGAGGAUCAGGCAUAUCACUACUGGCCGGUAUUUGGCUGUUAACGACCAGAAUGAACUGUAUUUGGUUAGCAGAGAGGAAGCCACAACGGCCUCCUGUGCCUUCUGCCUCCGCCAAGAGAAGGAUGACCAGAAAGUAGUUCUAGAAGACAAAGACCUGGAGAUCAUCGGCGCCCCCAUCAUUAAGUAUGGAGACUCCACUGUCAUUGUGCAGCACUCGGAGUCUAGUUUGUGGCUGUCUUAUAAGUCCUACGAAACCAAGAAAAAAGGCCUGGGCAAAGUGGAAGAAAAGCAAGCGAUCCUUCACGAAGAAGGCAAGAUGGACGACGGCCUGGACUUCUCCCGCUCGCAGGAGGAGGAGUCGCGCACCGCGCGCGUCAUCAGAAAGUGCUCGUCGCUGUUCACCAAGUUCAUCAAUGGCCUAGAGACCCUUCAGGAAAACCGGCGCCAUUCAAUGUUCUUCGCGACGGUGAACCUGGCGGAGAUGGUGAUGUGUCUCGAGGACCUCAUCAACUACUUCGCACAGCCCGACGAGGAUAUGGAGCACGAAGAGAAGCAGAACAAGUUCCGCGCGCUGCGCAACCGACAGGACCUGUUCCAAGAGGAGGGCAUCCUCAAUCUGAUUCUGGAGGCGAUUGACAAGAUUAAUGUUAUUACGUCGCAGGGUUUCCUGGCGGGUUUCCUGGCCGGCGAUGAGUGUGGCCAGAGCUGGGAGAUGAUCUCCGCGUAUCUGUACCAGCUGUUAGCGGCAAUCAUAAAGGGCAACCACACCAACUGUGCCCAGUUCGCCAACUCGAACCGGCUCAACUGGCUGUUCUCUCGACUGGGAUCGCAGGCUUCGGGGGAGGGCACGGGCAUGUUGGAUGUACUGCAUUGUGUGCUGAUUGAUUCACCUGAAGCUCUGAAUAUGAUGAGGGACGAGCACAUAAAAGUCAUCAUAUCCCUCCUAGAGAAGCACGGUCGAGACCCCAAAGUCCUGGACGUCUUAUGUUCCCUGUGCGUGGGCAACGGCGUCGCGGUGCGCUCGUCACAGAACAACAUAUGCGACUAUCUGCUGCCGGGGAAGAACUUGCUGUUGCAGACGCAGCUGGUCGAUCAUGUGUCUAGCGUCCGCCCGAACAUCUUCGUGGGAAGGGUAGAAGGCUCUGCCGUGUACCAGAAGUGGUACUUCGAGGUGACGAUGGACCACAUCGAGAAGACCACCCACAUGAUGCCGCAUCUGCGCAUCGGCUGGGCUAAUACUACUGGCUACGUCCCAUACCCAGGGGGCGGUGAAAAGUGGGGCGGCAACGGAGUGGGCGACGAUCUCUACUCAUACGGAUACGACGGCGCUUUCCUCUGGUCUGGGGGGCGGAAAACUGGCGUCAACAGGACUCAUGCUGAAGAGCCGUAUAUUAGGAAGGGUGACGUGAUCGGUUGCGCCCUCGACCUGACGGUGCCGAUAAUCAACUUUAUGUUCAACGGAGUAAGGGUCACGGGGUCGUUCACCAACUUCAACUUGGAGGGCAUGUUCUUCCCUGUUAUCAGCUGUUCGAGCAAGUUGAGUUGCCGUUUCCUCCUCGGCGGGGAGCACGGUCGCCUUCGCUACGCCGCUCCUGAAGGGUACUCGCCUCUUGUAGAGUGUCUACUGCCUCAGCAGAUACUUAGCUUGGAGCCUUGCUUCUACUUCGGUAACUUGGCUAAAAGGGCGUUGUCGGGACCACCGCUAGUUCAAGAUGACACGGCCUUCGUUCCUAUGCCUGUUGACACGCUUACGAUCACACUGCCUUCUUACAUUGAGCAAAUCAGAGACAAGUUGGCUGAAAACAUUCAUGAAAUGUGGGCGAUGAAUAAGAUCGAGGCAGGCUGGAUGUACGGCGAGCAUCGUGAGGACUUGCACAAGAUACACCCGUGUCUGGUGCCGUUUGAACGCCUACCUGCUGCUGAGAAGCGAUACGAUAUACAGCUGGCUGUGCAGACUUUGAAGACAAUCCUAGCUCUGGGCUACUACAUCAGCUUGGACAAGCCGCCAGCGAGAAUUCGCAACGUGCGCCUGCCGAAUGAACCAUUCUUGCAGUCAAACGGCUACAAACCAGCGCCUCUAGACCUCAGCGCUGUCACCCUGACACCCAAAAUGGACGAGCUCGUGGAACAACUGGCGGAAAACACACACAAUCUGUGGGCCAGAGAGAGGAUCCAACAAGGGUGGACGUAUGGGCUUAAUGAGGAUUCCGACAUGCACCGCUCACCCCAUCUAGUCCCGUACCCUAAAGUGGACGAGGCGAUCAAGAAAGCCAACAGAGACACCGCUUCGGAGACCGUCCGGACUCUAUUAGUGUAUGGUUAUAUGCUGGACCCGCCUACUGGCGAGCAUGAAGCCCUCCUAGCCGAAGCUUCCAAGAUGAAGCAAGCAGACUUCAGAACGUAUAGAGCUGAGAAAAACUACGCGGUCAACUCGGGCAAGUGGUACUUCGAGUUUGAAAUACUCACAGCUGGGCCUAUGCGGGUCGGCUGGGCCCAUGCUGACAUGCCACCAGGUAUGAUGCUCGGACAAGACGAGAACUCUUGGGCUUUUGAUGGAUACAAUGAGGAGAAAGUUUACGUGAACAGCUCCGAGUCGUUCGGCAAGCAGUGGGCCGUGGGGGACGUGGUGGGGGUCUUCCUCGACCUCAUCGAUAACACCAUAAGUUUCUCUCUAAACGGAGAGUUGCUAAUGGAUGCCCUCGGAGGUGAGACCACAUUUGCAGAUGUUCAGGGGGACAACUUCGUACCGGCUUGUACCCUGGGCGUUGGACAGAAGGCCAGAUUAACUUACGGUCAAGAUGUGAAUACUUUGAAAUACUUCACGACGUGUGGUCUGCAAGAAGGCUAUGAGCCGUUCUGUGUCAACAUGAAGCGUGACGUCACGCACUGGUACACGAAGGACCAGCCCAUAUUCGAGAACACGGACGAAAUGGCCGACACCAGGAUCGACGUCACCAGGAUACCCGCUGGCUCUGAAACACCCCCCUGCAUGAAGAUCUCACACAACACGUUCGAGACGAUGGAGAAGGCGAACUGGGAGUUCCUGCGACUAUCUCUGCCGGUCAUCUGUCAUGCUGAGUUCAUUGAUGAGAACGAGAAAGCCCGUCGCUGGGUGGAGAUCAAAGAGCGCCAACAAGCCCUGAUGAAGGAGGCAGCUGAAGCGCAGAUGCCGGCGCACAUAGACCAGAUCAUGAGGAGUGGGUUCACUAUGAACGAUAUCAAAGGUCUACAUCGCGACUAUGAUGAUGGUCAAGAGGAGCCAAGCAACUCCAAAAUGAAACGUCUGCCGUCGCGGCCCCCGCGAAAAGGAUCCCUAAGUCGGGGCGUUACGAUUCAAAAUUACUCGUUGCAACCAGGUCAACAGAACGGCAUGCAUCGCACUGCCAGUGAGAUGGAAAUGUCGAAGUAUGAAUCUGGCGCUCAAAGUGUCACUGAUGAUAAGAAAGACAAAAGGGGAAGAUCUCCUUUCAAAUUCUUUUCAAGGAGCAAACGUGGGGAGAGUGGCGAUCGCAAGUCGCGUAAAUCAAAAACGCCUGAUCCGUUCAGUGACGCCGAAGUGUCGCCUGAAAGAGCCGCGCCGCGCCGGCCCAACCCACAGAUUAGAGUGUCUCAGGCGAAUCAGAGAUAUGAAAAGAAUCAGAGCAGGCAAAAUUUGUAUGGCAGCCAAGGGGGUGGCUUGAAUAAUGGCAACACAAACCUGCAAGUGAACACGCCUCCAGUGGAACGCAAGCAGAUGACCGGUGGUGCCCUCUCUGGAGCGACGACGGAGACUGUCGGGAAUGAGAUAUUCGACGCGGAGUGCUUGAAACUGAUCAAUGAAUACUUUUAUGGUGUUCGCAUCUUCCCCGGUCAAGACCCAACCCACGUGUACAUCGGCUGGGUGACCACUCAGUACCACUUGCACUCGAAGGACUUCAACCAGUCGAAGGUCACCAAGUCUUCCGUCAUCAUCACUGACGAUUAUGAUAGAGUUAUACGCAGUGUGAACCGUCAGUCGUGCUACAUGGUGCGAGCUGAUGAGCUCUACAACGAGGUGAUGGCCGAAGCUGUUGGGAAGGGAGCGUCUCAGGGUAUGUUCGUGGGUUGUUCCGUGGACACUUCGACCGGCACAGUCGCCUUCACUUGUGAAGGAAAGGAGACCAGUUUCAGAUUCAGUAUGGAACCAGAAACGAAGCUAUUCCCAGCCAUCUUCGUGGAAGCGACUUCCAAGGAGAUUCUGCAGAUAGAGCUAGGCAGGUCCCUACACAGCCUGCCGCUCAGUGCCGCCGUCCUGCCCACUAGCGACAAACAUGUCAUACCACAGUUCCCACCGCGUCUAAAGGUGCAAUGCUUGAAGCCUCACCAAUGGGCCAGGGUACCAAACCAAUCUCUGCAAGUGCAUGCGUUGAAGCUAUCAGACAUCCGCGGAUGGUCUAUGCUGUGUGAAGAUGCAGUUUCUAUGCUGGCUCUACAUAUUCCAGAGGAAGACCGCUGCAUCGACAUCUUAGAGCUGAUAGAGAUGGACAAGCUGCUGAGCUUCCACUCGCACACCCUCACCCUGUAUGCGGCUUUGUGCUACCAGAGUAACUAUAGAGCGGCGCACGCUCUCUGCCAACAUGUCGACCAAAAGCAACUUCUCUACGCCAUCCAGUCUCAGUACAUGUCGGGGCCGCUUCGCCAGGGCUUCUACGACCUUCUCAUAGCGUUGCAUCUAGAGUCGCACGCCACCACCAUGGAGGUGUGCAAGAACGAAUACGUGAUCCCGUUGGGCCCGGAGCUGAAGGCGCUGUAUGAGGAGCCGGAGAUGGGCCACAGUCUGCGGAGCCUCCAGACCGAGAGUGUGAGGCCUAUGAUGAAGAUGACUGAUAUUGCUGAAAGCAUAAACGAGAUAAGCAACCUCUACUCGCCGUACUUCCCUCUCGAUGUGGUCCGUGAGUUCGUGAUGCAAGCCCUGGCUGAAGCGGUGGAGACUAAUCAAGUGCAUAAUAGAGAUCCUGUGGGAGGGAGCAAUGAGAACCUUUUCCUGCCGCUCAUCAAGCUGGUGGACCGUCUGCUGCUGGUGGGCAUGAUGCGCGACGAGGACGUGGAGAAGCUGCUCAUCAUGACCAACCCGGAGACCUGGGACCCCACCUUCGAUAAAGAAGGCAAAGACGAGCACAAAAAAGGUCUCCUCCACAUGAAAAUGGCGGAAGGGGCUAAACUACAAAUGUGCUAUUUACUGCACCACCUCAACGACAUACAACUACGGCACAGAGUUGAGGCCAUCAUCGCGUUCGCCCAUGACUUUGUCGGGGAUUUACAGGCCGAUCAGUUGAGACGUUACGUAGAGAUCAAACAGUCGGACCUGCCCAGCGCCGUCGCGGCCAAGAAGACCAGAGAAUACCGCUGUCCACCGCGGGAACAAAUGAACGCUAUUCUGAGCUUCAAGCACUUAGAAGAGGACGACAAAGAGAACAUCCCGUGCGGAGAAGACCUGAUAGCCAGGAUGAACGACUUCCACCAGGCGCUCAUGGCUCAUGUGUCGCUGAUGGCGUUGCAGGAACCUGAAGUUGAGGAAAACCCAGAGGCCUUGAACAAGCCUGGAGCGAUCGGCAAGCUGUACAACAUCAUCAACACCGUCAAGGAAUUGGAUGAAGAGCCUAAAGCGAUAGAAGAGCCAGUAAAGAAGACCCCUGAGGAGAAGUUCCGCAAAGUGCUGAUCCAGACCAUCGUGUCGUGGGCCGAGGAGUCGCAGAUCGAGACGCCCAAACUCGUCAGAGAGAUGUUCAGUCUCCUAGUCCGCCAAUACGACGCCGUCGGCGAGCUGGUCCGAGCCCUAGAGAAGACGUACGUCAUCAACGCGAAGACCAAGUUGGACGUGGCGGAGAUGUGGGUGGGGCUGAGCCAGAUCCGCGCCCUGCUCCCUGUGCAGAUGAGCCAGGAGGAGGAGGAGCUCAUGCGGAAGAGACUCUGGAAACUUGUCAACAACCACACAUUCUUCCAGCAUCCUGAUUUGAUCAGAGUCCUCCGCGUCCACGAGAACGUGAUGGCCGUGAUGAUGAACACUUUAGGCCGCCGUGCGCAGGCGCAGUCCGACGCCACGCCCAACCAGCCGGCGGCUGAGGAGAAGGUGGGUCCGCACAUUCAGGGCGUGCCGAAGACGGGGAAAAAGGACACGUCUCACGAAAUGGUGGUCGCUUGUUGCCGGUUCUUGUGCUACUUCUGUAGGACUGGGCGGCAGAAUCAGAAGGCCAUGUUCGAUCACUUCGACUUUUUGUUGGAAAACUCCAACAUUCUGCUGUCGCGGCCAUCUUUAAGAGGGUCCACGCCGCUAGAUGUCGCUUAUUCGAGUUUGAUGGAGAAUACUGAGCUGGCUUUGGCUUUGAGAGAACAUUACCUCGAGAAGAUAGCCGUCUACCUCUCGCGCUGCGGCCUGCAGUCCAACUCGGAGCUGGUGGAGAAGGGGUACCCGGACCUGGGCUGGGACCCGGUGGAGGGGGAGCGGUAUCUGGACUUCCUGCGCUUCUGUGUCUGGGUGAACGGAGAGAGUGUGGAAGAGAACGCGAACCUGGUGAUCCGGCUGCUGAUCCGCCGCCCCGAGUGUCUCGGGCCCGCGCUUAGGGGCGAGGGCGAAGGCCUACUUAAGGCCAUCGUGGACGCCAACAAGAUGAGUGAGAAGAUAGCGGAUCGCAGGAAACUGCAUGAAGAAGUCGGCCAGGAGGACGUCGCAUUCAGCCACCCGCUCCCCGAGUCAGACGAGGAUGAAGACUACAUCGACACUGGGGCGGCCAUCUUGAAUUUCUACUGCACACUGGUUGACUUGCUGGGACGAUGCGCGCCGGAUGCCUCUGUUAUUGCUCUUGGCAAGAACGAGUCGCUCCGCGCGCGCGCCAUCCUGCGCUCGCUGGUGCCGCUCGAGGAUCUACAGGGUGUUCUGAGUCUGCGGUUCACGCUGAACAACCCCGCCAUGGGGGAGGAGAGGCCUAAGUCUGACAUGCCAUCAGGCCUGAUCCCGGGGCACAAGCAGAGCAUAGUUCUGUUCCUUGAGCGAGUCUACGGCAUCGAGACUCAGGAGCUGUUCUACCGACUGCUGGAGGAGGCUUUCUUGCCUGAUUUGAGGGCCGCCACCAUGCUAGAUAGGAACGACGGCUGCGAAUCGGACAUGGCUCUCUCGAUGAAUCGAUACAUCGGCAACUCGAUUCUGCCCCUACUGAUCAAACACGCCAACUUCUACAACGAAGCCGAGAACUAUGGCAGCCUGUUGGACGCCACUCUGCACACUGUUUAUAGGCUCUCCAAAAACCGCAUGUUAACCAAGGGUCAACGUGAGGCGGUGUCAGACUUCCUGGUAGCCUUGACUUCUGCCAUGCAACCUUCCAUGUUGCUGAAACUGCUGAGGAAACUCACGGUUGACGUGUCGAAGCUGAGCGAGUAUACUACUGUCGCUUUACGGCUGCUAACCCUCCACUACGAGCGCUGCGCAAAAUACUACGGCAGUACAGGGGGCCAGGGCGUGUACGGAGCCUCCUCCGACGAGGAGAAGCGACUCACCAUGAUGCUGUUCAGCAACAUCUUCGACUCCCUGUCCAAGAUGGACUACGAGCCGGAGCUGUUUGGGAAGGCGUUGCCGUGUUUGAUUGCUAUAGGUUGCGCGCUGCCGCCUGACUACUCUCUUUCCAAGAACUACGAUGAUGAGUUCUACGGAAAAGAACAGCAGACUACAGGCGGUCCAGACAACCCUCAGUACAACCCACAACCCAUCAACACGUCUUCAGUGGCUUUGAACAACGACCUCAACACUAUUGUGCAGAAGUUCUCUGAACACUACCACGACGCUUGGGCUUCCAGGAAAAUCGAGAACAGCUGGGUGUACGGUGAGAACUGGUCCGACAGCCAGAAGGCUCACCCGCGGCUGAAGCCCUACAACAUGCUCAAUGAUUACGAGAAAGAGCGCUACAAAGAGCCUGUCCGUGAGUCUCUGAAGGCCCUCCUCGCCAUCGGCUGGUCCGUCGAGCACUCUGAAGUGGACAUUCCGUCCACUAAUCGUAGCUCCAUGAGGCGGCAGAGCAAGAGUGGAGGGCGCCCUGUGGACGUCGUGACGGACUCAGCAACACCCUUCAACUACAACCCUCACCCAGUGGACAUGACGAACCUCACUCUCUCGAGAGAGAUGCAGAACAUGGCUGAGAGGUUGGCUGAGAACGCUCACGACAUCUGGGCGAAGAAGAAGAAGGAGGAACUUACGGUUAAUGGCGGCGGCAUCCACCCUCAACUAGUGCCCUACGACUUACUAACCGACAAAGAAAAGAAGAAAGAUCGAGAACGAUCUCAAGAGUUCCUCAAAUACCUUCAAUACCAAGGCUACAAGCUACACAGACCCAGCAAGGCCACACAAAGCGAAACAGAACAGACCGCUACGGGGGUAGCAAUAGAGUUGAGAUUCGCGUAUUCGUUGCUGGAGAAGUUGAUACAGUAUAUCGAUAGAGCGACGAUUAAUAUGAAGAUGCUGAAACCGUCUACGACUUUCAGUCGCAGGUCCAGUUUUAAGACUAGCACGAGGGAUAUUAAGUUCUUCUCUAAGGUGGUCUUACCUUUGAUGGAGAAAUAUUUCUCUACUCAUCGCAACUACUUCAUAGCGGUGGCGACGGCCACGAACAAUGUCGGCGCGGCUAGUUUGAAGGAGAAAGAAAUGGUGGCUGCUUUGUUUUGUAAACUGGCCAGUUUAUUGAGAUCUCGCCUCACAGCCUUCGGCCCCGACGUCCGCAUCACAGUCCGCUGCCUCCAAGUCCUCGUCAAGGGCAUCGACGCCAAGUCGCUGGUGAAGAACUGCCCCGAGUUCAUCCGCACGUCCAUGCUCACGUUCUUCAACAACGUCGCCGACGACCUGGGACACACCAUACACUAUUUGCAGGACGGCAAGUACUCUCACCUGCGCGGCACGCACCUCAAGACAUCCACGUCACUGGGCUACAUCAACGGAGUCAUCAUGCCGGUUCUGACGGCCAUGUUCGACCAUCUGGCCAAUUGCGAGUAUGGGGCGGAUUUGUUGCUGGACGAGAUCCAAGUGGCAUCGUACAAGAUGCUGGGGUCUCUGUUCACGCUGGGCACGGACUCGACGCUCACACACGACAGGAAGUAUCUUAAGACAGAGAUCGAGAGACACAAGAAUGCGUUGGGUUCCUGUCUAGGUGCGUUCAGCUCCACGUUCCCUGUGGCCUUCCUGGAGCCACAUCUCAACAAGCACAACCAGUUCUCACUGCUGAACCGGAUCGCCGACCACUCGCUUGAAGCUCAAGACGUAAUGGCGCGCAUGGAGCAAAGCAUGCCGACGCUCGAAACGAUCCUCGGAUUAGUCGAGCAAUUCGUCGACUCGGACAAGACUUAUUCAGACUCGCCUCACGUCAUCGAUGUGGUGCUGCCGCUGCUGUGCUCGUACCUGCCGUUCUGGUGGGCGCAGGGACCCGACAACGUCACGCCCAGCGGCGGAAACCACGUAACAAUGGUGACAGCCGACCACAUGAACCAACUUCUCAAGAACGUGCUCAAACUAAUUAAGAAGAACAUUGGCAACGAAAACGCUCCCUGGAUGACUCGCAUAGCUACCUACACGCAACAGAUCAUUAUUAAUAGUUCUGAGGAACUGUUGCGUGAGAGCUUCCUGCCGUUGGCCGAGAGGGUUCGCAAGAGGACGGAUAACAUGUUCCAUAAGGAGGAGAGCUUGAGAGGGUUUAUUAAGUCCUCAACAGACGACACGUCUCAAGUGGAGUCCCAGAUCCAAGAAGACUGGCAGCUGCUGGUCAGAGACAUCUACUCCUUCUACCCGCUGCUCAUCAAGUACGUGGACCUGCAGCGGAACCACUGGCUCCGGAACAACGUCAACGAGGCGGAAGAGUUGUACAACCACGUGGCAGAGAUCUUCAACAUCUGGUCCAAGAGCCAGUACUUCCUGAAGGAGGAACAGAACUUCAUAUCGGCCAACGAAAUUGACAACAUGGUGCUCAUUAUGCCGACUGCCACCCGUCGAGUCACCACUGUCGUCGAUGGAGCCCCUCAGGGCGGCGGCAAGGUCAAGAAGAAGAAGAAGCACCGCGACAAGAAGCGCGACAAGGACAAGGAGGUGCAAGCCUCGCUGAUGGUGGCGUGUCUCAAGCGGCUGCUGCCCGUCGGGCUGAACCUGUUCGCGGGACGAGAGCAGGAGCUCGUGCAGCAUUGCAAGGACAGGUUCUUGAAGAAAAUGACCGAGCAAGAUGUGGCCGAGUUCGCUAAAACGCAGCUGACUCUCCCGGACAAGAUCGACCCGGCCGACGAGAUGUCCUGGCAACACUACUUGUACAGUAAACUGGGCUCCAAGUCUAAAACCACCACUGCCAUGGAAACUGCAGCUGAGAACAAGGCGAAAAUCAUUGAUGAUACUGUCGAGAGAAUUGUGGCCAUGAGCAAAGUACUGUUUGGACUGCACAUGAUUGACCACCCGCAACAAAUGAGUAAGAACGUCUAUCGGUCAGUCGUAUCGAUUCAACGCAAGCGCGCCGUCAUAGCUUGCUUCAGACAUCUGCCACUGCAUCAACUUCCAAGACAUCGUGCCUGCAACAUAUUCUCGAGGACCUACUACGAGUUGUGGCUGGAGGAAGAGAAUAUUGGACAAGAGGUCAUGAUUGAGGACCUUACUCAAUCAUUCGAAGACGCGGAGCUGAAAAAGAGCGACGUGGAAGCGGAGGGCGAAGGCAAGCCCGACCCUCUGACCCAGCUGGUCACCACCUUCUGUAGGGGCGCCAUGACUGAACGAUCCGGGGCUUUACAGGAAGACCCCCUGUACAUGUCGUACGCGCACAUCAUCGCCAAGUCCUGCGGGGAAGAAGAAGAGGAAGGGGGGGAGGAGGAGGAGGAGGGCGCGGGCGAGGCCGAGGGCGAGGAGGAGGGGGGAGCUAGUAUACAUGAACAAGAGAUGGAAAAACAGAAGCUACUGUUCCACCAAGCGAGAUUGGCCGACCGUGGCGUGGCAGAAAUGGUCCUACUACAUAUUUCUGCUUCGAAAGGUGUGCCAAGCGAUAUGGUGAUGAAGACACUACAACUGGGUAUAUCUAUUCUGAGAGGCGGUAACAUUGAUAUACAGAUGGGUAUGCUGAAUCACCUCAAAGACAAGAAAGACGUAGGAUUCUUCACAUCUAUUGCUGGUCUGAUGAACUCCUGUUCUGUACUGGACUUGGAUGCCUUUGAAAGGAACACCAAGGCUGAAGGUCUCGGCGUGGGUCUAGAAGGCGCGGCCGGAGAGAAGAACAUGCACGACGCAGAGUUCACGUGCGCACUGUUCCGGUUCAUACAGCUCACUUGUGAAGGACACAAUUUGGAAUGGCAGAACUACCUGCGCACGCAAGCCGGCAACACGACGACAGUGAACGUGGUGAUCUGCACCGUGGACUACCUGCUGCGGCUGCAGGAGUCCAUCAUGGACUUCUACUGGCACUACUCCAGCAAGGAACUAAUAGACCCGGCCGGCAAGGCAAACUUCUUCAAGGCCAUCGGCGUCGCGUCGCAGGUGUUCAACACACUCACUGAGGUCAUCCAGGGGCCCUGCACGCAAAACCAACAGGCGCUGGCUCACUCUAGGUUGUGGGACGCGGUGGGCGGUUUCCUCUUCCUCUUCUCUCACAUGCAGGACAAGCUGUCCAAGCACUCGUCCCAAGUGGACCUGCUGAAGGAGCUGCUGAACCUGCAGAAGGACAUGAUCACCAUGAUGCUGUCCAUGCUUGAGGGGAACGUGGUUAACGGCACAAUCGGUAAACAGAUGGUGGACACACUAGUAGAGUCCGCUUCCAACGUGGAGCUAAUCCUGAAAUACUUCGACAUGUUCCUGAAGCUGAAAGACCUGACCACGAGCGCCAGUUUCGCUGAAAUUGACGCUAACAACGACGGAUGGGUGCUACCUAAGGAUUUCAAGGAGAAGAUGGAACAGCAGAAGAGUUAUACGCCCGAAGAGAUCGAGUUCCUCCUCGCCUGCUGCGAAACCAAUCACGACGGCAAACUGGACUACAUCGGCUUCUGCGACCGCUUCCACGAGCCCGCCAAGGAGAUCGGGUUCAACCUGGCUGUUCUACUCACCAACUUGUCCGAGCACAUGCCUAAUGAACCCAGACUGGCACGAUUCCUGGAGACGGCCGGCUCAGUGCUCAACUACUUCGAGCCGUUCCUCGGUCGCAUCGAGAUCAUGGGCGGCUCCAAGCGCAUAGAGAGGGUGUACUUCGAGAUCAAGGAGUCCAAUAUUGAGCAGUGGGAGAAGCCGCAGAUUAAGGAAUCCAAACGAGCAUUCUUCUACAGUAUAGUAACAGAGGGAGGUGACAAGGAAAAACUAGAAGCGUUCGUGAAUUUCUGCGAAGACGCCAUCUUUGAAAUGACUCACGCUUCCGGUCUAAUGGCGGAUGCGGAAGAGGCGGGGGGCGGGCCCAAGAAUAGGGAGGCUGCUUAUAUGUAUAUGGGCGAUGAUGAUGAUGACAGUCGCGGCAAAGACCCAUUCCGUCGCGGCCUGCAGUCCGUGAAGGACGGCAUCGCCACGGCAUUCUCGUCCUUAUCUCCAGCAAACAUAAAGCAGAAAAUCGCAGACAUGUCCCAGAUGCCCCCUCAAGAGUUGGCUGUCGGUUUCUUCAAGAUGUUCUUCUAUUUGUUCUACUAUAUUGGAUACGGAGCUUUGGUUGUUGUUAGGUACAUAUUCGGCGUGCUACUCGGCCUGAUGCGAGGUCCUCAAGUGGAGGAACCACCUCCAGAACCCACGGAAGAGGAGAAAAUCGGUCCCAGCAGACACCUGCCGGCACUGUCAGCGACAGACGAUCAGGGGCAGAUGGCGGUGUCGGCCUUCGGAUUGGAUAUCACUAAGGAAGAUAAUGGACAGGUGCAGAUAAAGCCCCACGAGUCCCCGGGCACGUCGUCGCCGUCCUCUGGCGAAGAAGCAGAGACGGCCGAGGAUGGAGAGCACAGUGGGGACGAGCCGCAGCCACCCUCGCUGAUAGACCUGCUGGGAGGUGAACAAGCCAAGAAGCAAGCUCAGGAGAGGAUAGAGGCGCAAGCGGCGCAGCAAGCCGCCAUGUCAGCCAUUGAGGCUGAGAGCAAAAAGGCAGUGCAAGCGCCCGCCCCCUCAGCCCUGUCCCAGGUGGACCUCUCCCAGUACACGCGGCGCGCCGUGUCCUUCCUCGCGAGGAAGUUCUACACCUUGAAGUAUGUGGCGCUGGUGCUGGCCUUCUGCAUCAACUUUGUGCUGCUGUUCUAUAAGGUAUCCACCCUGGACGCUGAGCCUGGUGAAGGGUCCGGAAUUGGAGACAUCAUCAGCGGCUCCGGGUCAGGGUCUGGUUCCGGCAGCGGCGACGGAGGCAGCGGUGAAGAAGACGAAGAUCCGAUAGAGCUGGUGCAUAUAGACGAGGAUUACUUCUACAUGGAACACGUCAUCAAGAUAGCUGCGUUACUGCAUUCUAUAGUAUCGCUGGCUAUACUGAUCGGGUACUACCAUUUGAAGGUCCCGCUCGCCAUUUUCAAGCGUGAGAAGGAGAUAGCUCGUAAACUGGAGUUCGAUGGCCUCUACAUUGCGGAGCAGCCAGAAGACGACGACUUGAAGAGCCACUGGGACAAGCUUGUUAUAUCUGCCAAGUCGUUCCCAGUGAACUACUGGGAUAAGUUCGUGAAGAAGAAGGUCCGCGUCAAGUACUCGGAGACUUACGACUUCGACUCCAUCUCCAACAUGCUCGGCAUGGAGAAGACCGCCUUUGCGACGCAGGAAGAUGAGGGCAGAGGGUUCUUCCACUACAUCCUAAGCAUAGACUGGCGCUACCAAGUGUGGAAGGCGGGCGUCACGAUCACAGACAACUCGUUCCUGUACUCUCUAUGGUACUUCUCGUUCUCUGUGAUGGGCAACUUCAACCACUUCUUCUUCGCCGCUCAUCUGUUGGACGUGGCCGUUGGGUUCAAGACGCUGAGGACUAUCUUGCAGUCUGUCACGCAUAACGGGAAACAGCUGGUCCUGACGGUGAUGCUGCUCACCAUCAUCGUGUACAUCUACACGGUCAUCGCCUUCAACUUCUUCCGCAAGUUCUACGUGCAGGAGGAGGAUGAUGACAUUAAUAGGAACUGCCAUGAUAUGUUGACGUGCUUCGUAUUCAACCUUUACAAGGGCGUGCGCGCGGGCGGCGGCAUCGGAGACGAGUUGGAGCCUCCAGACGGCGACGACUCGGAGGCGUGGCGGAUUGUCUUUGAUAUUACCUUCUUCUUUUUCAUCAUCGUCAUCCUGUUGGCUAUUCUUCAGGGUUUGAUCAUCGACGCGUUCGGAGAGCUCCGUGACCAGUUGGAGUCCGUCAAAGAAGAUAUGGAGUCCAACUGCUUCAUAUGUGGAAUCAACAAGGACUACUUUGAUAAGGUCCCACACGGAUUCGACACGCACGUGCAGAGAGAACACAACCUGGCCAACUACAUGUUCUUCCUCAUGCAUCUCAUCAAUAAGCCGGAUACGGAGUAUACUGGUCAAGAGACGUACGUGUGGAACAUGUACACGCAGCGUUGCUGGGACUUCUUCCCCGUCGGAGACUGUUUCAGGAAGCAGUAUGAGGACGCCAUGGGAGAGUAGAGUUAGGGCCACUGGUACCAAACGCUAAGGCCUGGUUUCACCUUAGUCUGUUAGAU